CUUUUUAAGGAGGGUCUUAAAGCAUUGUGAUUGGCUGAUUUAGAAUUAGGUAAUUAGUGGGAGUUAUUAGUUAAAUAGUUGUUAGGGUUAUUAAGAGAAUUACAAUUAAAUUAAAAACCGUAACCCUACUAAUGUAUAUACUCACGUAUCCUCUUAUUUUUCCUAAUAAUGAAUUCGUCAUUUGUUGUAAAUUAUGUAUGAAAUGUUAAUAAUGAUAUUGUAUAUUGUUAAUAAUACCGAGCAGAAAAGUUGAUAAUAGCGUCACUAAAAAUGUUAACAACACAACAAGUAAAUCAAGCUUCAAUUUGAAUGAGAAUGUUAAUAAUAGCGUCACUAGAAAAUGUAAUGUAGGUGAAAAUAUUAAUAUGUACCGUUAAAACGUUGACAGCUAGGUUAAGCUGCUUUAAAAACCUCAAAUCAGAAGCUCAUAUUGUGACAGCAUUUUAGCAACUGGUUAAUAAUUUCGAUGAUCUAAUUAAUAAUAAUGAUGUUGUAGGUUAAUAAUGUUUACAACACGGUCGGUAAAUUGCGUUUCGAUUUGAUUGAGAAGGUUAAUGAUAACAUCACGGAAAAAUGUUAAUAACGUAUGUGAAAAAACUAAUAUGUAUUGUUGACAACGUUGACAACUCGGUCACGUUGCUCUAAAAAUCUCAAAUCAGAGGCUCCCCUUAUUGUCACAACAUUUUAGUUACUGUGUUACACCCCGCUUUUCCCAAAAGUCAAAAUGACUAUUAUACCCUUGGGAAAAUUUGUCAAAUUCCAUCGUAAUAUCCAUGAGGACUAAAGAUGCGAACUCUCGAUUCAAACGGUGUCGAGUUUGGACAUAAAUCGUGUAAGUUACGUACGCUAGUUGAGUUUCAUAUUAAACUCACCCGUAAUUUAUGAAAUACCCAAAAUACCCCUCGAGUUAAUUAAAACCCAACCCCAACCCUAAUCUCUCGUUCCACUCGGCCUCACCCCAAACUAAUUAAAACCCUCGUCUCUCAAUAUUCAUCGUGAGUAUCACCACAAUCUCUCAACAAGAGGACCGCCGUCCGUCAGUGCGAUAAUCGGAAGGGCAGUGGGGAACCGUCGCAGGAUGUCGACUCUACCGUCGGAGUUUCCACACGUCUCUCGGAACAAGAGCCCUAUAGUCUCUAUUCGACUUGGUGGAAUUUCUACGGCAGGCCUCGGUGGAGGACGAGAAACGGUUUCAACAGUGCUGCUAGGGCUCGUCCCGACGGACAGGAACUCUUCGCUUGGACGGAAUGGUGAUAUUAGCUUUCUGGAAGAAACCCGAAUCUGACGUUGGUGAUUGUUAUAUUGGGAUGCGGCAGCGUAAAACUAUGCCGACUUCAGCGGAGAUGAAGGGCUUGGGUCGUGUAUCACAAAUAUGGGUUUAUUAUUAGAGAGUUUUGGGAUUUUAGGUCCUACCAUGCAAGCAAGCUAGCUAGUUCGCGUGUGAGUAUUGAUCAUGGCAACAUGGUUUUAAUGAUCAUGGCUUUAUUUUGGAGCUAGGAUCGAUGCAUGGGGGAUGAGUGGCGUAAAUGUGCUUGCGUCAGAAAAAGGGUAAGGAUGCGAUCGAGCAAGCAUGGGAUUGGGAACGACGAGUGAAAGAUGAUCGACCCUCGCAUGGGUUAACACAUGCAAAUUGACUUGAAAUAUAAGGUGAGUGUAAAGGGGGUAAAUUCUACGCCUUAUGUAUUCUUUUAAGUAUUAUGAUUUUGAGUAUUUUAGCGAAUUGGUUACCGUUGCUUGGUUAUGUCUAUGGUUGCUUAUUUGUGCUUUGCUUGAGCUAUGAUUUGAGGUGAUUUUGUGCUAUUUGAGGUGAUUUUGUGCUAUUUACUUUAAAGCGUUAUGUUUAAGCUAUGGUUAAAGUUUAAGAAACAAGUUCUUUUUAAGAAGUAACUCACCUUCAAGAAGGUGAUGUCGUUUUAAGUGUUUUUAGUCACUAGCGCCAGUCCGUUGCCUUUUGAGACAUUUUGAGAUAGAGCAGCAGUUAUGCUCUUGAGACUUUUAAGAUGAGCAGCAGUUAUGCUCUUGAGAAUCGUGGUGAAGAGCCACCACGAUAAGUUUAAGAUCUUAGGGGGAUGAAUCGUUACGACUCCCCUAACUAAGUUUAAGUUUAAGGAAAGCCUGGAUGGCUUCUCAUACGUAUGAGUUGGCAACCGGACUAGCUAGUGGGGGAUCCCAGUGUCAGUCAAGUAUUUAAGUCGAGAUUUGAGCUUUAAGAAUGGAGAGUAACAGUAACUCCCAUACAGUUUUAAGAGUUAGGAAUUUUAAGAGUGGAACUACAAACAACUUCCACCAAUUUAAGUAAGUGUUUUAAGUAAAGUACUAAGCAGUAAGAAUUUUAAACGUAAUGGCGUAGACUGACCCCAUCUCACUCACCAGUUUGAAGAGCUAGAGGAAGAGCAAGAGGAGCAUUUAGUGAGCAGCGAAUUCGAGGGCAGGCAGCUAGAGGAGGGCAGUAUAAGCGUCACAGAGGAUGCUUAGUCAAGGCUUCGGUAGCAACAACAUUAGAGAUUAUUAGUUAUUUACAUUUAUGAUUAUGAGUAUAGACUGGAGAUCAGAUUGAGAUUUUACAGUUUGAGUUUAAUUUGCCCACGUGUUAGGGCUUUGCUCUGAGCUACAAGUGUGUGUUUUCAGUAUUUUAUUUAUGAAAAUUUUUCCCGCUGCAAUUUAAGAUUUGAGUAUUUUAUUUUAUCAAGGGAGUUUUAGUAAAAGUAGUACCCGGCCGGGUUAGGUUGUUACAUUUUGGUAUCAGAGCCGGUCUUCCUUUGUUCCUUGGUUUCCAAGGAAUACUGGAAUAUCGGUCUUAGUUUUUAAGGCUUUUGUUUUAAAGGAAAGGAAAAUGAGUCAAGGAUCUUCUUUUAAGAGUCUAGAGAAUCUCUAGUCUACUCUAAUCGUAUUAAGAUAAAUAACUUUACUCCUAAUUAAAGGGUGCGUCAAUCGCAAAGGGUUAUCCUGAGGGAUAAGUACGAGGAAUCGAAGGAGUUGUAGAUGCACUACCAUGAUUUUCUACUUAGCCACUAGCAAGUGAUCUAAUAGGUUAAAAAUACAAAUAGGAGAACUAUGAAUCUCCGAAGAAAGAGCUACCAUCACUAAAUGUCAAGAAACGAAGAGGUACCACGAGAAGUACCUCAACUAGUUUUAGUGGUCAACGCUAUUACAACACAGUGGCAAGGAGCAGUGGAAAGCUUAGACUUCAAGAGAAGCUAGGGUAGUAUAAAUGAAGUAAAGGAGG